AAAAAACUAAGAGACUGAAAAGAAAAAUAAAAAAGUUUCCAUCAUCCACUCCCACCGCUCCCACAAAAAAAAAUGUGGUUGAACCUAAAAUUUUUGAGUUGGCUAGUCUUAAUUGCCGGUGCCAUUCAUUGCCAAGCUUAUGUUCUUCAUACUUUUGUGGUAAAAGAAACUCCAUACACGAGACUAUGCGGCACAAAGAACAUCUUGACAGUAAAUGGUCAGUUUCCAGGACCAACACUACAUGUUCAAAAAGGAGAUACUAUCUUUGUUGAUGUCCAUAACCAGGGCAAUUUUAACAUAACUAUUCAUUGGCAUGGAGUAAAACAACCGAGAAAUUCAUGGUCAGAUGGCCCUGAAUACAUUACACAAUGCCCCAUACAACCAGGUGGGAGGUUUAGACAAAAGAUUAUAUUUUCCUCAAAAGAAGGAACCCUAUGGUGGCAUGCUCACAGUGAGUGGUGGCGAGCAACGGUUCAUGGUGCUAUAAUCAUUCAUCCCAAGAAGGGAACCAAAUAUCCUUUCCCUCUUCCUCAUGCAGAGGUUCCAAUCAUAUUUGGAGAGUGGUGGAAGCAAGAUAUAUUGGCAAUUUAUGAUGAAACUAUUUUUACUGGAGGAGCCCCUAAUGUUUCUGAUGCUUUCACCAUCAAUGGACAACCUGGUGUUCUUUAUCCGUGCUCAAAACCAGACACAUUCAAGCUAAAGGUUGAUCAUGGAAAGACUUAUCUCCUCCGCCUUAUCAAUGCUGCCGUGAUGGAUAUUCUCUUUUUCGCCAUUGCCAAACACAAUGUCACUGUUGUGGGAACAGAUGGUAGCUACACCAAGCCAUUGGAAUCAAGUUAUGUCACAAUAUCCCCUAGCCAAACCAUCGAUAUUUUGUUGAAGGCGAACCAGAAAUCUGACCACUAUUACAUGGCUGCUAGAGCAUACUCUGCCGCACCUGGUGUUGCUUACGAUAACACAACCACCACUGCCAUUCUCGAAUACAAUGGAAACUAUACCCCAUCUUCAUCUCCUUCCUUACCUAAUAAUCUUCCUUACUUUAAUAAUACCAAUGCCUCAAUUAGUUUCACAAGUAGCCUCAGAAGCUUAGCCGAUGAAAAUCAUCCAGUCAAUGUCCCAAUAAACAUAACCAAACAUUUAUUUUUUGUAAUCUCAGUCAACACGUUCCCAUGUCCUAACAAUUCAUGUGCAGGGCCUAAUGGGACACGACUAGCCACUAGUGUCAAUAACAUAAGCUUUGUGGACCCAUCCUUCGAUAUAUUACAAGCUUAUUAUCGUCAUGUCAAUGGGGUAUUUGGGACUAAUUUUCCAGAUUUCCCACCAUAUUUAUUUAAUUUCACAGUUGAGAGACUCGCGGCUUGUUCUCGCAAGUGACUCGCGGCUGCAAGC